AUGGCCAGCACCACCGACUCGACUGAUCUGAGCUCUGCCACGAGCGAUGUGACGAGCACCAUUUCCACCGACACCACUACUUCAACGACAGAUUCGACGACUGUGUCGACAACAGACCCUCCUACGUCGACGACGACGACAUCUUCAAGUGAGACCUCCCCUACUACCUCUUUUACUACAACCACCCCCAAAUCGUCCACGACCACACCAUCAACCUCUAGCACUUCGUCCGAAUCAAGCACAACUGAACCGCCAGUCGUUAUAACCACCUCCAGCACCUCAAUUUCCUAUUCGACUUCCACAUCGUAUGUUACUCAAGUCCUCCCGACUACCCAAGAUGGCCAACCAGGCUACACCACCCUCACAUCCGUCGUGAUAGUGACCAACCCUGCCACAACCCUCGUCGCACCAGCAACCUUUACAAGCACUCCCGGCAGCAGCGCCCCAACCCUCCUUCCAGCGAACGACGGUGGAGGCGGCGGGUCAGGCUUAUCAACAGGGGCCAAAGCUGGCAUAGGGGCCGGCGUCGGUGUUCUUGUGCUAGCAGCCGCCAUAUUUGGCGGCUGGUACAGUUGGUACAUGAGGCGACGGAGGAAACGAAAUUCCUACUCUCAUGAUAGGUAUUCGGAUGGUACCUUACCUAGCAUGACAGGGCUCGGCAUAGCAGGAGGCGGAACUGCAGGGAUGGGAGCUAUGGCCGCAAUGUCUUCGGGUUACCGUGAUACCUCCAACCGCUCCGACACGCGUUCAGAACUACCAUCCCCUCCAGCUCCUUCCCCACCACCUCGUUCUCCAGACCGACUUCUUCCACCUGGAGUGGUACCUUUCCGGUAUCGAGGUUCUAGCUCUCCGCCACCCAACCAAGACCCGACCCACAUGUCUGUCUCAGACCAGAGCGAGUAUUCACAGGGGAACAAUCAACCUCAACCGGGGGGCCCAUACCCUCCUGGUCCGAAUGUGCCCGGAGCUGCGUACUUUACGAAUCUCAAUGAACUCCCUGAGGACCAGAGAAAUAUUCACCAACUGCCAGAUGACCAAAUCUCCAACCCCAUGUCACACCAAAGCUACCAACACGCCAAUAUGGGUCACGAUGGAUAUUGGUCCGGACAGCCCUCAGCACCUUCAGCACCAUCAGCGCCGUCAGCACCAUCGGCGCAGGAGUCCUAUGAGUUACCUGGACAAAAUCCUACUCCUGCGCAGCCGCAAGGUGGCCAGGGAGGCUAUCGUGGCGCGGAUCGAGAGGUUCCUCUCCAUCAACGCCUAGAGGGGAGAGUGCCAUACCGACCAGGCCAUCUGUCGCCUUCGCACAAUUUUUGA